UCCGCCACAUUUUCGUUCAUCCCAUCAAUGGCCCACGAUGGUAAAAACCUGGUAUGUGAAAUUAGCGGUGUUGGCGUUCCGCUUAAUGCUCAAACAUCGCAGCUACUGGACAUUCAAUAUCAGCCCCUGAUUUUGUCUGGCCCGAACUGCACCAGAUUGGAGAAUUGGAUUAAAUGUAUCUGCAAAGUGAAAGCAAAGCCCACUGCAACCAUCACCUGGAGCGUCAAUGGGUCCAGAAUAUAUUUCCAUGUCACCAACCGCACAUUUGAGAAUUUUAUCGUGCAGAGCUCCCUGAAACUAAUUCCGCAGAGUGGUGCCAGACAACUCCUAUCUUGUGUCGCUAUUAACCUGCAUGGUACCAGUAACGGAACAUACUACCUCCAAACACCAGUUUCAGGAUCAUUGCUGAGGGUUGUCGCCAUUGUAACAGGAGCAGUCACAAUAAUUGUCAUCGUGAUCCUAUCGGCUGUAUUUGCCUACCGGAAGAUGAGAAAUACUUCCCCUUUCGACGCCCAUGCGGAUAUGCCUUUGGAAGAAGUUCUGCACAGGAUUACCGAAAAGACAGAGUCUGCAUCAAACCUUUCAAUCCAGUCGGCAAACCUAACAUAUGCCGCCGUCAGCAUUUCAAGACUACCAAGAAAUGAAAGACAUCACCAGAAUGAAGAGAAUACUGAAUACGCAGCGAUCAGUUUCAAAUGAUCUCUGUCACCUGAUGAGUGGAUAUCAUUAUAAAUCUCUAAAGCAUUUUCUUUCAGGAAUUACGGCAUAAAUAAGUAUCGAGUACACAGGGAAGGAUGAAGGUCCGAUAGAUAACAUUUGAGGACAAGAACAGAAGAAGCAUAAACCGAUCUACAAAAUACAGGCAUUCGGGAGCUACCACGCCAUAACAAGACAAGACACAGGAGAGCAUCACACAAACAACCCAUCAAGUCUUCUCCCUCAUUCAUUCAUGACUGAUUUAUUAUCCUCUUUCAGCGCCUCGUUUAUGCAUUCUCCCUGUAACUUUUGUCAUUAUUACAAGUCACCUGUCGAUAGCUCCUUUCUCCCGCCGUUCCCGCAAUGAAGUACUCUGAGACUGCCGCCAGACACCACCCUCCCCCCCGCCCUUGUUGGUCUUUGUGCCUUUUCGUCACCAUGCCCUAAUACACAAACAUUGUGCAAACGUGUGUGUUCCAGCAGUUUACUGGUUCUUAAUGAUACUGCAGAUAUUUCUGCAAUACCGUCUUCAUUAUUUUCCAUAGUUUUCUUAGCGUCUGUGUAUAUAUUUGGACAGACCCUGCUGAUUUGGACACAUUUAUAUGCCUUAUAUUC